UGCUUUUCAGAUCUCAACACUGGUUCGUGGUAGCGCUAGGCCAUGAGAUUUUCCACUGUUCUUCCCUUUUCGCAUCUUCGUUGGCUGGGACUAUAAUCUAUCAUUGCGCCGUCGUUGUCCCUCGCACGAACAUCGUUGUAUGUGUGUGUGCAUUUUCCGACGCAUCACCCCGCAACGCAUAGCAACGGGCAAUGACGGAGGAAACAAGCAGAGAGGGGUCGGGUACGGCCACCCCCGUCCCCGCCCCUGCCCCCGAACGCAGUGAGAGUGCGGGGCGAAGCAGCAGCGGCAGUGCCAGCGGGAGCCAGAGGAGCGGCGGGGGCUCAAGUGCUAGCCGCCCGAGAGCAGACACGGAGCGGACUCUGGACGAUGUCAUGCGGGAGCCAUCCACCACCGUCCCCGACGUCGUCGUGCUCGAUUCGUUGCCUGAAGGUCCCAGACGCAAAGAAUCUCUCAACCCGAGAGAGGAUUUGUGGCUGUCCACCGCCGACGGACGUUACAAUUCCCCAAUCAUCCCCCUCCGCGUAGGCGAGCCGCCCCGUGUCGAGACCUUCUAUGUGCACAAACAUAUCCUUUUGAAGUCCGAGUAUUUUGAAAAGGCUCUCUGCGGCGAGUUUAGGGAAUCUGACACCCAGUCCAUCGACCUUCCAGAGGAGGACCCCGCUAUCUUCCACUUUCUCGUCGCGUAUUUGUAUGAGGGUAGAUAUGACCCCAUCAAGCCCGUUGCUUCCGUCUUGGUUCCCGAUCAAGAUAAAGGCAAGGGGCCCGCCGGCUCCGACUCAGCCAGCGAGUCAGACUCGGACUCGGCAGCCUCCUUCACCUCCGAUAUAAGCGCCAUCUCGCGGCGGCAGCGAGAGCGGCGCUAUCGCCGUCAGCAACGUCAGUGGGAGCGUGUGAACCGCAAACAUCCAGGCAUGCACCGACCGAACUGCGUCUGCCCUACAUGUCUAGCCGCUUCUGGUCCGCCUUGCUGGUCCUGCCGAGCACCACGUGCCCCCCCGACCAUGCCCCCUCCCCCUCACCACCACCCGGGCGCAGUUCUCCUCGAUCGAGACCCUCUUCCUCCUCGUCCACCUCGUCGCGGUGGCCCGGGGCACCCUCCCAGGCGACGCAAUCACAUCCAGCCUCCCAUUCAACCGCCACCACCGCCACCAAUAGGAAGGCCCAUGAGCCCUCCGCACGCGCCCCCGCCUCCAGCAUCAGGGUGGGAACCCAAUUUGGGUCGGCUCUCGACCGAGGAGGACCUGCGCACCUGGCUCCAGGCGUACGAGCUCAACCUGGACGUGUACAUCCUGGCCAACAAGUUCCUUUUGGACGGCUUCAAGCGCGAGAUUGCGCGGUGCGCCGUCGACAUGCUCGAGACGGCCGGCGCCGACGCGGCCGUGCCGCAGGUCCUGUUCCUCUGCCGCAAGCUGUACGACGGCCUGCCCGAGACGGACCCGCUGCUGCGCAUGAUCUCGGCGCGCGUCGCCUUCCUCCAGCCCUGGCGCCGCGCCCCGCCCGAGCAGACAAACGACUUUUGGCUGGGCAACCCGGAAAUCGCGCCCCUGCUGCUCCGCGAAAUGGCCGCCCGCCGCGAGGACGAGGUCGCCGCCGCCUACGGCCGCCAGCUCCCCAGCAUGGUCCGCCCCUGGUACCUUGCUCAGGCCGGCGACCUCGACUUUGGCCUCCAGCCCAUGCCCGGCCCGCCUCCCAUGCCCCCGCCAGGCAUGCCGCCCCACUUGGCCGGGGUCCCGUAUCCGAAUGGCCAGUACCGCGGUCCUCCAGGAGGCGGCAGGGCUGCGAGAGGGUGGUGAGGGAGGCAGGGAGGAUGAGUCAAUGUGGGAUGGUCCGUCCGUCUAGUGGGUUAUGAGUAGGGUUGACUAGGUGGAUCCGAAUCAAACUGGCAUUUGUGCAUUGUCUGUCGCUUCCAUGUGCUGCUUGGUAUUCGUUUUGGUUGCUUUUACCGAGUCUAUAAUGUUCUAGCUAAGGAUAAUGCCUAGAAAAGCUAGUCCUGGAAGCUUGCUACAAACUGCUUGUUCGGCUCGGACGUGAGAGCGGCAUGAGAUAUGGUUUCAC